ACUUUCCUCUGCUAGUGCCCAAGGCCAAGGUGGAGGGAAUGGCCAAGAACAAGGUGGAGCAGACAGGAGAGUUAGAACAGAGCUUGCCACCCCAAGAAGAACUUUUCCAAAUAAAUGGGGUCAUUCUGAAAAAGAAUGUACGUGACAUUUGGGACCGAAUCUGGAACUUCCAAGCCAAGCCUGAUGACCUGCUCAUUGCUUCCUAUCCCAAAGCAGGAACCACUUGGACACAGGAGAUUGUAGAUCUGAUACAGAACAACGGAGACGUGGAGAAGAGCAGGCGAGCUCCCAUCCACCUUCGACACGCUUUCUUGGAGUGGGCAAGAAUGUCCAACUCUGGGAUUGACCAGGCUAAUGCAAUGCCUUCCCCGAGGACCCUGAAAACUCAUCUUCCUGUGCAACUACUGCCUCCAUCCUUCUGGGAGAAAAAGUGUAAGAUAAUCUAUGUGGCACGGAAUGCCAAGGACACCGUGGUGUCCUACUACCAUUUUCAAAGGAUGAACGAAGAUCUCCCUGACCCAGGAAGCUGGGACGAGUACUUUGAAACAUUCCUGGCGGGCAAAGGUGAGCCAAGUGGGUGGAAUCAGUCUUCACCUCUGUCUGCAUCGGAUAAGCUUUCCCCAUAAAAUUCUCCUUCUGUGGGAAAUAAAAUUCACCCACAGAAGUAGUUCAGAUUAUUUGGGAGGGAAGGACUAGAGGCAGCAACCUGAGAGAUGUGGCAUAGCCCUGGUUCCCUGUCAUCUGUGGUCAGUGAUUUGCUUCCAAUUGCAAUGUACCAUCUGAAUGAAGCCAAAACAGUACUGCAGAAAAGCCACCUGUAAUAAGAGGAGGUUCUAAUGCUAAGCCUGUGCUAAAUGCUUUACAUGCAUUAACAUG